UCCGUAUAUAUUGUGAGCUACAUGGGCUACGAAUGAAGUCGAUAGCCUUUUUAUCGUUUUUAAAUAGCCUUUCAGAUACGUUUUUGACGAUUAGCAAUAUGGCUAGUUAGUUACUAAAUACGCUUGUUGCCAUAGCAACCUGUCAAACCGUGCUCGCGCUUCCAUUGAAGUAAGAUUUGGCGCCAUCUAACGGUUAAGUGGAGUUUCCGUUUCAAAAUAUUCAGCAAUUCUAAUUUUACAGCUAAAAUAUAUCCGUUUGAGUUACUCAGUUACUAAUAUUUACACAAAUUCCUCGCAAAAUACGCUACUAGUACUACAGUUGCUGACGAACUGAGAACAGAAACACGCAGGAGGAAUUUGCUGGUGUUGAUUUAUCAUCAUUUGAUGGAGGAGGGGUACAUGGAUUCAGCUAAAGCUUUGGAGAAAGAAAGCAGUUUUGCUUUAUGCCACUUUGAGGUGUGUGAUAAUGUUGACCUGGAGACCGUCCUUAUGGAAUAUGAGAGUUAUUAUUUAAUAAAGUUUCAGAAAUAUCCCAAACUGACAAAGAAACUGACAGAACAAGGGGAUAGUCGGUUUUUAAAGAGCUGUGGUAAAAGAAGGACAUCAUCGAGUCACACGCUCCCAAGAAUCAACUCCAUCCAGCGACCUCCAUCCAGAAGCGCCGUGAAGAAGACCGAAUCUAAACUAACAGGAAGAGACAUCAGCAAAUCCAGCGAAGGAGAGCAGCUGACGCCAGCGGACGCUUCAAGGUUCGGUCUCAAUGUGUCUCCUCUCAUCAGGAAUGGGACUGAAGAGGAAACACAUACGAGAAAGGUUGAUUACAGGAGUCUGAUUUCUGAUGCAGUUAAAGGUGCCGCUAACGGCUCGAUCCUGCCCUGCACUGAUUUCUCAGAGCGUUUGCUGAAGCCCAUAAGUGCCUUCAUUGGAAUGAACAGUGACAUGAGGGAACUUGCAGCGGUUAUUAGCAGAGAUAUCUAUUUACACAACCCCAACGUGCGCUGGGACGACAUUAUAGGCCUGGAGGCUGCCAAGCGAUUAGUCAAAGAAGCUGUCGUCUACCCCAUUAAGUAUCCGCAGCUGUUCACUGGAAUUCUGUCACCAUGGAAGGGUUUACUCCUGUAUGGACCACCAGGCACAGGAAAGACGAUGUUGGCCAAAGCUGUAGCCACAGAGUGCAACACAACAUUCUUCAACAUCUCUGCAUCCAGUAUUGUCAGCAAAUGGAGGGGAGAUUCUGAGAAGCUGGUUCGGGUCAGAAGAAACAUUAUUUUGUCACAUUUGUGUUAUUCAAUUUUUUAUGUAAUGUGUGGGGGAAAGGUUGUGCUCAGCGAAACAUUGAUUUCUUUGUUAUAUGAUUCUCUACAGGUCUUGUUUGAGCUGGCAAGAUAUCACGCUCCAUCCACCAUUUUCUUGGAUGAGCUGGAAUCAGUGAUGAGCCAGCGAGGGGUUGGCCAAGGAGGUGAUCACGAGGGCAGUAGAAGGAUGAAGACAGAGUUACUAGUUCAGAUGGAUGGACUAGCGCGAUCAAACGAUCUUGUGUUUGUACUUGCUGCCUCAAACUUACCUUGGGAGUUGGACCAUGCCAUGCUCAGAAGACUGGAGAAGCGGAUACUGGUUGGUCUCCCAUCUGCCCCUGCCAGACAAGCCAUGAUCAGUCACUGGCUGCCUCCAGUUAGUAACACAGGUGGGGUGGAGCUACGGACAGAGCUGGACUAUGACUCACUGGCACAGAAGACAGGAGGUUACUCUGGGUCAGACAUCAGGUUAGUGUGUAAGGAGGCCGCUAUGAGACCUGUGCGAAAAAUCUUCGACGCCCUUGAAAAUCAUAUUGAAGGUCAGUCCAAUAUGCCGGUUAUUGAACUAGAAACUGUGACCACAGCAGAUUUCCUGGAGGUGAUUGCUCACACCAAACCGUCAGCCAGAUGUCUGAUGGAUAGAUACUCGGCCUGGGAGAAAGAGUACGAGUCUGUCUGACACAUGAUCUCAGCAUAAUACAUAAACUAUUAUUACGGCAACCGUUUUUUUUUACUCUUUUUAUAAUGACACGCCCAUGUUUCUCACUUGAAAAACAUUUUUAACAAAUAUUAAACUACAGUUCGUUUU